CGAUUUGGUGAUUUAGCCGUUCAUCGAUUCUGGAGUCGGGAAGGAAUCUAAACUAAGCAGUCCGCGUUUGAGCGAUGUCGCACGCCUCAGACCCUCCCAGGAUGUUCCAAAUUCUCCGCUACGCGGUGCCGCCGCCUCCGGCUCAGGAGACGCGCCUCGAAGCCUCUGGGCCGCUGCCCGAGACCUCCGCCUGCCCUGUGGUGGCCACCGGCGGUGACGGAUACGGUGACAGUGACGGUGACGGCGGCAGCGGUGACGGCCCCGGUAACGUCCCGACGCUUGUACGCAAGGUUCGGCAAAGGAGACGGAUGUCGCUGCACAGGAACGAGCGCGGCUUCCCGGCGGCGGUCUUGCCGGCGCCGCUUGCCGCCCCCCUCGCCGCGGCGUCACGGACGCAGCGCCGGCGUGGCGGCCGCUACCAGCCCGGACGUCCACGCGGGAACUUCUUUAGCUCCGACGUGCCGAGUCCGCCGCGCCCGGAGGCGGUGCUUGCGAAGGGCAGCUUCGCGCCGCCCACAGAGUCGCUGCGUCCGACGCUUGAGGAGCCGCACCGUCCCCGCCUGGUGGAACAAGCAGCCGCAGCGCCGGCAGCAGCCAGCGCCGCCCCCUCGGGGGGCCCUAGGGGGGGUGGGGCUCGGGGCUCGGGGCCGGCGUCACGGACUCGCUCCCACGACGCUGCACUCCGCUAGCCGGGCGGCUCUCGCGCUCCCCUCACCGUCUUCUGCUUUGCCGCUAGUGACACGUUGUGAGGUGCUCGGUCUCACACUCACCUCGUUGUGCUGUUGACAGAGGGUCGACUUUGCCGCUAGUGACGCGUUGUGAGGUGCACAGUCACACUCACCUUGUUGUGUUGUUCACAGAGGGUCGACUUUGUCACUAGUGGCGCGUUGUGAGGUGCUCAGUCUCACACUCACCUUGUUGUGUUGUAGACAGAGGGUCGAC